CCGACACGUUCAGACCGCCCUCACGAAUCUCAACACUAGACAGGUGAUCGCGCUGGACAGAUAUGCGAGGCGGAUUUUGGCCGAUGGGAAAUACCUGAUGUUCCAGCACCACCUCAAAUGCAUACGAGGCGAAAAAAUAGCAGCAAGAAUAGCCACGGUCGAGCUCUUCGACACAUCACCAGAAGCAAUCGGGCCGCUUCUCUCGAUCUACAGCACGAUGGCGCAGAGGUACAAACAUGAAGGAACAGGAGAAGGAGAUGUCAUCAUCCGGAUAAAGAGAAAAAAGUGCGCCCGAACGCAUGACUUUUUCCGAACCCGGCUGAAAAACUGGCAUGGCCUAUUGGCCUACUGGGAGCAGACAG